AUGACAGAUUUCAUAUGUACUUACCACCCAUUUACUGGAUGUAUUAAAAAUGGCAUAGAAUCUAUACAAGGUUCUACUGAGAAAAUUCUUCAUAAUGAGAGAGAAGUCUUUGAUAUAUAUGUUGAUAUUAUUAAACAUAGAAAUAAUGAAUUAGAAUCUCAAUUAGAGCUUGAAAUUAGAUCUGAAGAAGAAUUACAAGAAGAAAUUGCAAGAUUAACGGAAGUAUUGAGUAAAAGAGAGUGUGAUCUAGAAUCUAAAGAAGGUAGAUUAUUUGAACUUGAGAAACUUAUUGAUAUAUCUUUAAAGCAAGAGAAAAAAUAUGAGAAGGAAUUAAAUAAAAUUAUAAGAGAAAAGGAGGAUUUGAUUAAACAACUAGCUGAUGCUCAUAAUAAACUACAAGAUUUAAGGAACCAAGUAUCAUUGAAAAAAAAUGAUGAGAUGAGUACUAUUCAGGCUUUGAGGAAUCGUAAACGACGCUCUAAUGAUAGUAAAGGUAUCAAUGGGGAAGAGGAAACAACAAUAAAGAAAAGAGGUCGUUUGAAACGCCCAGAAACAGAUGACUUAACUGAAAAUAUUGAUAAAAUGAAGGAUUCAGUAGUUUCAAAAAGUAAUAAUCCACUUGGUGAGAUAUUAUGUAAAACUAAUUUGGGAAGAUUAAGACCCCCGACACUACGUGGACGUGUUGUUAGAGCUGCAGAAGCUGCAAGUCCUAACAUUGAAGAUGCUCCAGAAUUGAAGACAUUGGAUAAAUUUACAUCAGCUAAGCCAAAAAAGGCAAGUAAAAUUGCAAAGAUUGCGAAGAUUCCACAAUAUAAUGAAAAUAUAUUGAAUGCAAUGAAGGUUGCAGAACUUAAAGACAUAUGUACAGAGCUUCAUUUGGAAUUUAGCAAUAGAACAAGGAAGUCUGAUUUGAUUCAUAUGAUAUUAUCAUUUCAGAAUGAGUAG